AUGGCAAACCCCAGAGCAGGGUCAUGCACCCGCGAUAGUGAAGAGCAAAGCGACCGGAAAGGCCAUCAUCAAGGUAGCCGCCGUAAAGGCCUCUCCAGAACCGUGUCCUCCAAAGAAACCGGAACACCAAUGCAAGCCGAGCUACGCAGCGGUGGUUUCCUCGACUCCCUCGAGGUCGAAACUGUUGGUAACGACAGCACCAAAACCGGUAAAGAAGAUCAGAACGAAGGAGGAAUCUCGAAAGCACCCAUGGGCUGCGGUGCAACCAGUGGUGCAGAGGACCGUCUUUCCACACACAGCCAAUCUUCAAAACCGUGUCCCCCGAUCCCUAUCCCGGAAAAGUUCGCAAGCGGUAAUAAUUAUAACCGAUGGGAGAAACAAACACAAAUCUACCUUCGACACUUUCCACAUGAGAAACACGCCGACCGGGUGCAUAGCCUCCUCACUGGCGAAGCAUUCGAUAUUGUCUCCAAAUCCCGAAUUCUAAAUGACGAGAUAACAGACGACACCUUUAAGAGGAUCCGACAACUCCUAGACACCCCCAAGCUAGCAAUCGAGUACCGUCGGGAGUUCCACCCCUGCCGGCAACGGGCUGACGAAAACGUCCGCACCUACGUUCGAACUCUGCGACAUUUAGCAGACCGCGCAUUCCCAAACCUGUCCAGCUCUGAACGCAAUCCACGGAUCUUAGAACAACUCGUUGAGGGCACAUCAUCCGCCAGCGCCCAAAAAGAGUUUUAUCUUCAACACCCUGAAGAAUUAAACGAAGCCGUCGGAAGGGUGGAACUGUUGAAGAGACGUGACGCAGCAAUAGCCCGCCAAAGCAGAGCGCAGUCUCCUCACACACCCUAUUCUUUCCAUGUUGGUACUCCCCGAUACUCACCACCGCGAAGUACAGCCAACUUUCGUCUACCCGGACGUUGGACUUGGCGGGGCCGACGUGGCCAACGAGGGCCUUAG